AUGAGCUCUAUUUCCAUUUAGAGACACGUGAAUUAUGGGGAGGUGAUUUUGAUUGUUGGUGAUUGUCAUUUAGUGUAAUGGAAUGUGUAAAAUGGAAUUUAGAUGGAAUGGAAUCCAGGAGAUAUUUGGAGAGCUCGUGUAGAGUGUUGUUGUUUACCCAUGAAUUACAGAUACGUUAUUGUGAAAUAAAACAAUCGACAAAUCGUUGAAUGGGAAGAUGGAAUAAAUAGAGUUUUGAAUUCCAAAGACGAUGUAGAAGAUGCAUGGAGUCACAUCAAAAUCAGAAUCAAAGUGAACUCUUAUGUUGAUUCAAAGAUGUUUGUAAAUUUAUAUUCAGAAAAGGGGAGAUCCAAAAUUAGACUAGAUCAAGUAGUUACUGAGGAAAAUGAAUAUGAGUAUAGGAUGGAAUUGGAAAUCCCUAGCAAAUCAAUUAAUUCAUAUGCAUUUAAGUACCAACAAGAUCAAAAAUGGGAACGAAAUGGAGUCAGAGUAUUUACCAAACAUCCCAUUCUGAAUAAUGUGAUCGAAAUCGCAGACUCUGACGUAGACUUUGGUCUCAAUUAUAAUCAAAUAUUGGAGAACCUCUAUGUUGGUUCCUUUCUCUAUAGCAAGUAAAAUAUAACGUAAUUAGUUUUUAGUGAAAUUCACAUUCUAUAGAAAUUGGGAGUGGAUGCCAUAGUUAAUCUAUAAACGACUGAGGAUCUGAUCAACAAGGAUUUACAAGAGGGUUACUUUGAUCAAAUCAGAGAAUCUUGUCAAUCAUAUCAGAUAACGUAUUCGCAUUUUCCUAUCCGAGAUUGCAAUAAGCGAUCCUUCCUGUAGAAGGGAAUGCAGGCUUAUUAGAUCUUGAAGAAACUGAUUGAGGAAGGUAAGUGCGUCUAUGUUCAUUGUACUGAUGGCAUUCAGAGGAGCAUUUAAACAGUCAUACUCUAUUUAGUAUUGGAUUUAAAUUAUUCUCUGGAAGACGCUAUUACACUUGUGAAGACAGCCAGGAAGAGAUCGAAGCCUAUUCGAGAAGUAUUGUAGUAACUCUUGGAACAGUGA